CAACGACCACAUAAACUUUCUAAAAUGUCGACUUGGAGAAGCAACAAUGAAAGCAGCGGGGCGGCGUACAAGGGAGUGAGGCGCCGGAAGAGCAGCGGGAAAUGGGUGUCGGAGAUUCGCGAGCCCCGAUCGCCUAACAGAAUUUGGCUCGGGACUUUCCCCACCCCGGAAAUGGCGGCCGUGGCCUACGACGUGGCGGCGCUGGCCUUGAAGGGCCCACACGCCGAGCUCAACUUCCCGAAUUCCGCGGCCUCCUUGCCUGUCCCGGCUUCCAACUCCUCACGUGACAUUCAAGAAGCCGCCGCCCUUGCCGCCGCCGCCGCUGGGGCCGCCGCCGAUGCACUAAGGCCGGCGGGUGGGGACCAUCAUCACCAAGUGGAUAAUAAUAUCGUCGGAGGAGGAAGAGCUGAUGAAACAUACGAACAGUAUCAUCAUCAUCAUCAAAGUCACAAUGAAUUUGUGGACGAGGAUUUAAUUUUCGACAUGCCGAAUGUUAUAGCGAAUAUGGCGGAAGGGAUGCUUCUUAGCCCUCCACGAUUCCAGCAAUACUCUUACGAUCAUUACGAUUAUGAUUACGCUUCUACAGCUACUGAUCACAACCUCUGGAACUAUCCCUAAUAACACAUAAUAAUACUGUAAGUAGCCAUGCAUGCAUAUAUCCAUUCUGCUGUUAGUUAAUUAAUAAAAGCAUGCAUGCCCUAAAUGUAAUAUAUGUAAUCUCUCCAUCAUUGCCAUGGGCGCUUGCAUUUCAUUUCAUUUCUUUAUUUGUAAGCUAGUUAACAGCUUUCCUAUUUCAACCUAAACUUAUUUUAUGUAAUCAUCUUCAA